GUGUGCGUCAUGCUGUUUUGAGUGCAAUUUUCAUAACGAACCGAAUCCUUUUUACGUUAUAAAAAGUUUUUAAAAUACAUAUUUUACGGAAACACGUGUCAAGUAAAAAGCACUAAAAAUGGAGAAUGGUCAAGAAGAGAUUAAAGUUGAACCUGUAACAAAUGACGCUGCUAUCGAUGAGGUUAAAAAUGAGAAGCCGGUUUGUAAGGUCGAAGAAAGUGCCGCCAAAGAAACAUCUAAAGAACCAUCUAGUGAACUGUUGGAAAAAAUAAAAAAUCAAGUCGAGUUUUAUUUUGGAGAUGUGAACAUGCAAAGGGAUAAAUUCCUUAUUGAACAAACCAAGUUGGACAAUGGAUGGGUUCCAAUGUCUGUUAUGUUAAAUUUCAAAAUGUUGACUUCUAUAAGUAAAGAUAUUGAUGUUAUAUUAAAGGCCAUAGAAUCCAGUGAAUUUAUGGAAAUAUCUGAAGACAAGAAAAAAAUUCGUCGUUCUCCAAAUCAUCCUUUGCCAGUGUAUAAUGAAGAAUAUAGAAAGGCACAGGAAGCUAGAACAGCUUAUAUAAAGGGAUUCCCUUUAAAGGACAUUAACAUUGAGAAACUCAAAGCAUUUUUCAGUGCAUAUGAGCCAUUUGAAAAUAUCAUUAUGAGGAAGUAUCAGGAUAAAGACAAAAAGCUGCAGUUCAAAGGGUCUAUAUUUGUACAGUUUAAAACUCUUGAGGAUGCAAAAGCUUUUAUGGCUAGGGAAUCUGUAAAAUAUGGAGACACUGAACUGAUAAAGAAGUGGUCAGCUGACUACAGUUUGGAGAAGGCAAAGGAAAAAGAAGACAGAAGGCAAAAGAGAUCAGAAAUGAAAGCAAAGAAGAGUGAAUCUGCAAAAGAGAAAAACGAUGAGAGCGGUGAAGAUGAUGAAAGUGAAAAGGAUUCUUCAUUACCUAAAGGUUGCGUGAUCCACUUUACUGAUGCACCUGAGAAAUGUACAAGGGAAGAUAUCAAAGAGCGUUUAGGAGAAUUAGAUGCCAGUAUUGCAUUUGUUGAUUUCAAAAUAGGCGAUAAGGAAGGAUGGAUUCGUUUGCAGGGAGAAAAUUCUGCAAAAGCAGUGGUUGAUAAAAUGAAAGAUAGCAAAGUAUUAAUUUGCGAUAAAGAAGUUACUUGUCGUAUCCUUGAAGGUGAAGAAGAAGAGAAAUAUCUCGCGAAAGCGAAAGAAGAAAUGACAAAUGUUAGGCAAAAGUAUACUAAAGGAAAGAAAGGGAAGAAAGGCCGUAAUGCACAACGUGGCCAAAGGAAAAGACGUAACAGCGAAAGCAACGAUUCGGUGUCUGCUAAAAAACCGACUGUCGACUAACUUAGUAUUGUUAUUU